UGUUGAGCUAAUCCCAUAUUGGCCAAUCUUUGCCAUUGAAGCAAAAAAUGGCAUACGAUGACCCUAAAACACCAUUUUUACCCAUCAACCAUCCAAUCCAUCAAUCACCCUUUUCCCUCAAAUCCAUGCUCACACCCCACACUUUCUAUGUGCUUUUGGGUCCCCUUUUAAGUGCUGUCAUCUGCCUCUGCGUCACCUUCGAUGGUCCCGUGACCAGCCGGAACAUGUUGGCGGUCACAGCGUGGGUGUUCGCUUGGUGGCUAACCGAGGCCGUGCCCAUGCCCAUCACCUCCAUAGCACCUCUCUUCUUGUUUCCUGUCUUCGGUGUUGCUUCGGCCGAUAGAGUUGCGCGGUCUUAUACGGACGAUGUCAUCACUUUGCUACUCGGGAGCUUCAUGCUUGUUCUUGCUGUUGAGCGCUACAACGUUCAUAGAAGAUUGGCCUUGAAUAUAACUUUGCGGUUCUGUGGGGAGCCAGUGAACCCACCACUCCUCUUACUCGGCAUCUGUGCCACCACGGCGUUUGUCAGUAUGUGGAUGCACAAUGUGGCGUCUGCGGUGAUGAUGAUGCCGGUGGCCACCGGGAUCCUACAGCGCCUCCCCGCCAGUCUGUCCACCCCUGACCUUGCCGGCGGCAAAUUCUGUAAGGCGGUGGUUCUGGGCGUGACGUAUGCCGCUCCCAUAGGAGGAAUGAGCACCCUCACGGGUACAGGUGUUAACAUGAUAUUGGUGGCCAUCUGGAAGAAUGAGUUCCCCGAAGCUCAGCCUAUCGGUUUCAAUACGUGGUUCCUUUUCGGUUUCCCCUUGGCUUUGUUGAUUUUCUUUGCAUUGUGGGCCAUUCUUUGUUUGUUGUAUUUGUCUAAGGGGUCUACCAUAGCCCUUGCUGGCUGCAUGGACAAAUCCCACCUCAACAGAGAGUUGGAGAUGCUGGGUCCGAUGGCAUUUGCUGAGAAGAUGGUUUUAGCUGUCUUUGGGUUGAUGAUAGCUUUGUGGAUGACCAGAAGCAUAACAACAGACAUUCCAGGAUGGGGAGCUCUCUUCCAUGGCCGUGCAGGCGAUGGAACUGUCAGUGUAAUGGUGGCUACCCUUUUGUUCAUAAUCCCAAACGGGAAGCAAAAAGGAGAGAAACUGAUGGACUGGAACGAAUGCAAGAAGCUACCAUGGAACAUAAUAUUGUUACUAGGUGCCGGUUUUGCUCUAGCUGACGGCAUGCAAUCUAGCGGACUCGCCGACGUGUUAUCCAAAACCCUGUAUUUCCUGGAACACGUCCCGUAUCUCAUUAUCGCCCCCACCGUGUGUCUGAUUUGUGCAGUGAUUACCGAGUUCAUAACGUCAAAUGAUGCGGCGGCGACUCUUAUGGUUCCGUUGUUGGGUCAAAUGGCAAGGACCAUGAACGUGCACCCGCUGGUGCUUAUGGUUCCGGGAGCCAUUGGGUCACAAUUGGCUUUCAUGCUUCCGACUGGGACGCCACCAAAUAUAAUUGGAUUCAACACAGGGCAUAUUGAUAUCUUUGACAUGAUGAAGACCGGAUUGUUGCUUAAGAUUGUAGGGACUGCAAUUUUAUCCAUGCUAAUGCCUACCCUAGGUGCUUAUGUUUUAGGGACAAAAGGAGGAGUUGAUUAGCUUCAAAUGCAAGAGAAAGUGGGAUAUACGGUGUUGUUUGCUUAAUAUAU